CACACUUUUAUACAGUUAUCAGUUAAAAUAGAAACUUUUAUACAGUUAUCAGUUAAAAUAGAAACUUUUAUACAGUUAUCAGUUAAAAUACACACUUUUAUACAGUUAUCAGUUAAAAUUGACACUUUUAUACAGUUAUCAGUUAAAAUAGAAACUUUUAUACAGCAAUCAGUUAAAAUAGAAACUUUUAUACAGUUAUCAGUUAAAAUACACACUUUUAUACAGUUAUCAGUUAAAAUAGAAACUUUUAUACAGUUAUCAGUUAAAAUUGAAACUUUUAUACAGUUAUCAUUAUCAGUUAAAAUAGAAACUUUUAUACAGCAAUCAGUUAAAAUAGAAACUUUUAUACAGUUAUCAGUUAAAAUAGACACUUUUAUACAGUUAUCAGUUAAAAUAGAAACUUUUAUACAGUUAUCAGUUAAAAUUGAAACUUUUAUACAGUUAUCAGUUAAAAUUGAAACUUUUAUACAGUUAUCAGUUAAAAUUGAAACUUUUAUACAGUUAUCAGUUAAAAUUGAAACUUUUAUACAGUUAUCAAUUAGAAUAUAA